GCAAAUACGACUUAAAUUCCGAGUAGAUUCCGGGCCUUUUAAAUUGUAUCUCGAGUCGAUUACUCGAUUAUUUAUUUGCGCCCUCUGGACAGUACUAGAACCAAUGAUAAUUGGCCACCGUCACUGUCGAAGUACUUGUGGAAGAAAGACAGAAUUCUUUUGAUAAUUCUACACCAGUAUAAUCUAUAGUAUGCUAUUAAGAUUGUGACGUGUAUUUUUGUAAUUUAAUAUUAACACCACUAUAAAGAAAGAGUUGAGUUAAAUCAGCGUAUUUCUUAUAGGUAAUUACCAUGAUGCAAGACGAGGAUUUAGGUGGGACACCAAGGCGGAAUGUUUUUAGCCUAGGAGUAAUGAGAAUAUCACAGAUCUAUCAAAGUUAUCUGGAUAUGUGGACACCUCAUGCUAUAUCGAGAUGGAUAUUUGCCGCAUUUCUUUUAGCUGUAUUUAUUUUGCGUAUUUUAUUAACACAGGGAUGGUACAUCGUUACAUACGCUUUGGGUAUUUACCACCUAAAUUUGUUCAUCGCAUUCCUUACACCAAAAAUUGACCCUGCGAUGGACUUUGAUGAGGCCGAUGGUCCUGAGCUACCUACAAGAUCAAAUGAGGAAUUCAGGCCAUUCAUAAGACGGUUACCUGAAUUUAAGUUCUGGUAUUCAGUCACCAAGUCCACUGUGUUUGCAAUGGUGUGCACCUUCUUCGACUGCUUUAAUAUUCCAGUAUUUUGGCCGAUCCUCGUCAUGUACUUUAUAACACUGUUCUGCAUCACUAUGAAACGUCAAAUAAAGCACAUGGUAAGAUACCGAUAUCUACCAUUCACGCAUGGGAAACCCAAGUACCAGAACCACGAGGAUACUUCGAGAUUAAUACCUUCAAAAUGAGUAUCAACUGGCAUCAGUGGUGGGUGAAUGUACGAAGGUAACGCGUAAAUGUGCAUAGAUCUUACAAUUAUCCUACAAUCCUUUCGAGACGACCGAGAACAUUGGUAAUAAAAAAUAAUUUCUCUUCUUCUGUUUUUUACCAACGUUGAACAAUACAAUUGAUAUAUCUGAAGAGGAAAGGAUAUAAACAAGGAGUCAAAGCUCCUGAGUUUAAUGUUAACUGGUAUAUAAAAUAGAAUGUCUUAAUAUAUUUGUAUCAUAAACAUGUAUGUACAACCUAUUUUAAGGUCUUACAUGACUUGUAAAAACAGUAACAUUGUCAAAAAUAUGCAAUUGUUAAUGUAAUAUUAAAAUAUUGCUAAAUGUAAAAAAAUCAUGAUUACACAUUGAAAAAUGAAUAAUUAUUACUUUGACAAGUUGAUUGCAGUACGUACUGCUCCAAAUUAAUAUUUCCGUAUGUAUUUGAACUAUCAAUUAAAACGAGAGAAUAUAUAUUA